AUGGACUCUGAUGCCGGCUCCAUCUCCAGCCGCUCCUCUUCCCCAGACCUGAUGGAGAAGGCUGGAGGUGUCUUGUCCGCCAAAAUGCUGCAGGCAUACUGCAGGGACCCAGGAGCCCAGAGUGGAUCCCUGGUUCCAAGCAGAGGGAAGUCCAGAGGCCAGGCCCAGUCCAGCAAGGAGAAUCCCGAGGACCCACAGGACCUGCGACUGAAGGUGAACAGUCGGGAGAGGAAGCGGAUGCACGACCUGAACCAGGCCAUGGACGGCCUGCGGGAGGUCAUGCCCUACGCCCAGGGCCCCUCCGUCCGAAAGCUCUCCAAGAUCUCCACCUUGCUGCUGGCGCGCAACUACAUCCUCAUGCUGUCCAGCUCACUGGAGGAGAUGCGGAAGCUGGUCGGGGACGUGUACGGGGCCGGUCGGCCGGCUCACACGGCCCGCUGCACGCCCGCCGCCCCUCCAUCGCUGCCGCUCUUCCCACUGGCCCAGUCGUUGCCUUCGCUGCCGGGCACGCCGCCCCUGCUCCAGCCGCCCUCCUCGGCUUCGUCGCAACCUUCUGUCCACUCACCGCCGGCCGCCGCCAGCUUCCCAGGCUUCCGCGUUCCUCAUCAGAACCCCCUGAAGGACAUGAGCCACAUGUCUGGCUCCUUCAGGCACUUCCCCAGCAUCCCUUGCCCGUGCUCCCUCUGCCAGCCUGCCUCCACUUCCAUACACAGCCUGCCCAGCCUAUCUAUAGGUAAGUGA